AUGGCGCACGGAAGCGAGAAAGGAAAGAAUGGCGACUCAGCAGAGAGCCUGCUCAGGGACCUCGAAGGAAGCAAGACACUACCCCUGUGGACCCAAAUGACCCGCCUGAACCCUCCAAGUCCAAACCCAGUGGCUGUUCCAUUCCUAUGGAAAUACCAGGCCAUCAGACCAAACCUCCUGCGCGCAGGGAACCUGAUCACGGAAAAGCAGGCGGAACGACGGGUGCUCAUGCUGAUCAACCCAACCAGAGAUGCCCCUUAUACGACAGACACUCUGUAUGCGGGACUGCAACUGGUGAUGCCGAACGAGAUAGCUCCAGCGCACCGACACACGGCGUUUGCAAUGCGUUUUAUUAUCGAAGGCACGGGCGGGUUUACUGCAGUGCACGGCCGGCGUAUUCAGAUGCAACGGGGCGAUGUGAUCCUGACUCCCACCUGGAACUACCAUGACCAUGGCAAGGACGGCUCUGGGCCCAUGAUUUGGUUGGAUGGACUAGAUCUUCCGAAUUUCCGCCACUUCCCAGUCCACUUUGUCGAGCAUUUCAGUGAGUCACGCUACCCUGCGGAGGAUGUAGAUAGCAAUAUGUCCCCGAUAGUCUUCCCCUGGGAGGUGAUGAAGGCAGCAUUGGACGCUGCCUCGGGCGAUUGGGUUUCAAAACGGUACCUACGGUCAGGGGAUCGAGAAGUAAGCCGAGUACUGGGCGGCUGUGCGGAGAGGCUGAAUGCAGGCUGUACUUCACCUCUGCGGCGUGAGACGACAUCCGCGGUUUACCACGUUGUUACAGGUAAUGGCUACUCUAUCAUCGGGGAAGAGAAAUUUGAAUGGCAGAAGGGGGACACUUUCUGUGUGCCCUCGUGGUACAGAUACCAGCAUUUUGCUGGAACAGUCGAGACUACCUACCUGUACCGCUUUGACGAUAAGCCUAUGAUUGAAGCGCUGGGAUUCUAUCGCUCGGAGGACAUGGAUGUGGAAGGCCUUGAUGGGCUUAGUGGGUUGUCUUCUCGUGUAGAUCAGUGCUGCAAUCCGACACGAGUCCCAGACAAACCUGUCAACAAUGUACAGCAAGACCUUCCUCUACCAGACCUCGCCGGUACGGAAGACUCGGUGGAUGCUAUGGGUGCCAUAACCCUAGCCGAGGAAGAAGAUUCCGGAUACUUUGGGCCCUCAUCCAAUGUUGCAUUUACACGCCAUCUGUGUAGAUCCAUUGGACAACCUGGGGCAUCCCAGGCAAGCUCUACAGGGCUGCCAUUAGACACAACAGCCUAUGAUGGCGGCUUCGUGAGUGCUUCUCGCCCCCCAUCGCCGCCAGGGCAGCCUGAUGGUGUGGGAUUCGACAGAAGCUCGAAGAAUAUCUUCACACUACCGGCCACCUCCGAGACAAAGAAACUAAUCACUCAGUAUUUCACUGACACGGGGCUUCUUUUCCCAUACAUACACCCCGAAACCUUCCUCGAGACAUACGACGCCAUGCUACACGACAACACAAAAGUGCGCAGGACAUGGCUCGGUCUUUUGAACAUGGUCCUAGCGAUGGCUAUGAUUACGACUACUCCGGGUGGUUCACCCGCAAAUGUGAGAAUAGCCGAGUCUGAUAUCUUCUACCAGCGGAGUCUGAGUCUAUGCGGGAAAGAGAUAUUGCGUGGGACGACUCUAGAAGUUGUUCAGUAUCUUCUUCUUAUGGGUCAAUAUCUGCAAGGAACUCAAAAAUCGGUCCAGGCAUGGACGGUGCAUGGCCUCGCGGUAAAAGCGGCCCUUCAACUGGGGCUGCACUCCAAAGAUGCUUCCCGUGCUUUCCCCCGUCUAGAGCAGGAGACGAGGCUGCGUACUUGGUUUGGCUGCGUCGUGCUUGACAGGACGUUGAGCAUGACUUUCGGCCGCCCAGCUGCUAUUCCCAACAGCUACGUUAAGCUUGAACUGCCAGGUAGCGAUGUCAUGUUUGAUUCAUCCACGGUUGUGGACGCAAAGACAUCCUCCCUGAGCUUAGUGCUAUAUAACUCAACUAUAACCCUGUACAAUCAGAUCUGUAAGGCCAUCGAUUUACUGUAUGGCCAAAACCUAGGAUGUGAUCCCCCAUUACCGAUUGGCGAGGCUGUUGCACAUGUUUUCUCCCUAGAGCAGGAGCUGUUCUCGUGGGAAAGGCAGCUUCCCGACGCCAUGCGGUUGAUCAAUAGUGACGGAGUAGAAGAAGCGCACCAGGUAGCCGCCUCGGACUACGACUUUGCUGCUCUGAGAUUUCGUAUUAUCCUAACACUACGAUACGCAAACUACCGCCUGCUUCUACACCGACCGAUCCUCGUACGCUUUCUCGACGCAUGCGGCGGAUCGCAGUCCGACCCUCAGCAAUUACAGCUUCUUCACCAGCUAGGUCUGAGCAGUAUGCAGAUUUGCGCUGAUUCGACCAUGCAGAUCAUUGAUCUUGUAUACGACAUUGUUCAUCGCUCGGACAAGCUGCCCAAUCUACUGGGGGCGUGGUGGUUCUCACUCUAUUAUACCUUCAACGCUGCACUAGUUAUUCUUGGCAUUCUAAUAGUCUGUCGCGAAGGGAGCAUGUCAGGCCAGCUAGCGAGUGGAGUCGUAGAUAAAAUUAGGAAGUACCCCUUCCAUGCAGUCGCAGCCUUACUUAAACUAGAUACUGGCAACCGCAUGGUAGACCGCUGUAGACUUUAUCUGGAAAGACUCAUAAGCAGUUCGGGCCUCUACGGCAUCGAUGAACUCAGUUCGGGCGUCGUGGUUGUACCAUCUAUGAGAUUCGCAAUCCCUUCGACCGCAGACGUUGAUAUCUCUCCCCUAGGGAUGGAAUUUGGAGAAUUCAUGGUGGAUGGCGACAUUUUCACGUCGUUUACCACGGGCUGA